AUGGACGCGUCGUCGUCGUUCUCGUUCCGCGACCGCCUGGCUAUAGGGCACCGACUCUGCUCGACACGGCGGCGAGGUCUGCAUGCCAGUCCGCUCACCGGGGACGCGCGUCGCGGUGGUCUCCCUUGUGGCCGCUCCCUGGGUCUCAGCGCGAUGAGGAUGAGGGCAUCCUCGUCGGCCGCCUUGAAGGCGAUCGUGGCAUCGGCUUGGUUCGCCGUGCUGCUCGGUUCGGCCUCCCUCGCCGCCUCCGACGACGCAGGAUUCUCGCCGCCGCCGACCGCCGUACCAGCGGGUCCGCCGCGCCCGGCACUCCGCGCCGUCGCUGCCGCCCUGCCCGUGCCCGUGCCGGUGCCAGCUCCGCUGCCCCGCAAGAUCCUCCGACCGCCAGGCGUCGCCGGCGGCAGCGGAGGAGCAGCAGGAGGCCCGGUGCGGCCGAGCCGGAUGGACGAGGGGUGCGCGGGCGCGGAGGACAUCGCCAUCUACCAGGGCCACGCGUCGUCGCUGCCGGGCGGGGUGCCGGCGUACAAGGUGGACGUGAUCAACCAGUGCAUGGGUGACCUGGACGGCGGCGACUGCGCCAUCGCGGGCAUCCACGUGCGGUGCGGGUGGUUCAGCUCGGUGAGCCUGGUGGACCCUCGCAAGUUCAGGCGCCUGGGCCACGACGACUGCCUCCUCAACGACGGCCGGCCACUGCUCGGCGGCGAGACCAUCUCCUUCGAGUACGCCAACUCGUUCCCGUACGAGCUCUCCGUCCGCGUCGCCACCUGCGUCGACCCCACCACCACCCCGUAG